AUGAUGAUCAAUAUGUUUCCCCAAGCUUCUAGAACUAUAGUUAGAGCUUCUUCACGCACUUUUAAGCCCAAUUGGCGUGUAUAUGGUUCAAGUCGACAACACACUACUGCGGCUUCGAAUGAAGAUGUAUCAACCUUACCUUUGGCUGGGAUAAAAGUACUGGACAUGACCAGAGUUUUGGCUGGUCCAUAUUGUACACAAAUCUUGGGUGAUCUUGGUGCAGAUGUAAUCAAGAUUGAACACCCGACACGAGGGGAUGACACAAGAGCGUGGGGUCCCCCAUACGCAAAGUAUUCCCAAGGAAAGCACCCCGAUGGACCAGGAGAGAGUGCAUAUUAUCUUGGGGUCAAUCGAAACAAGCGAAGUUUGGGCUUAUCGUUUGCUCAUCCAGCCGGGGUUGAUAUACUUCACCGGUUGGCUAAACAAUGCGAUGUGCUUGUCGAGAACUAUCUGCCCGGGUCACUAGUAAAAUACGCAAUGGAUUAUGAGACAUUAUCCAAAAUUAACCCUCAUUUGAUAUAUGCAAGCAUCACAGGGUAUGGUCAAACAGGGCCAUAUUCAAACCGAGCCGGCUAUGAUGUGAUGGUCGAAGCGGAGUUUGGCUUGAUGCACAUCACGGGAGCCAGAGAUGGUCCCCCAGUUAAAGUCGGGGUCGCUGUCACUGAUCUCACCACUGGACUCUAUACUUCCAAUUCGAUCAUGGCCGCAUUGCUCCGCCGUAUGAAGUCAGGUAAAGGGCAGCACAUCGAUGUGGCUCUCAGCGACUGUCAAGUUGCAACCCUUGCCAAUAUUGCGAGCUCAGCUCUAAUCAGCGGGAAAAAGGAUUCGGGGAGAUGGGGUACUUCGCAUCCAUCAAUUGUGCCCUAUAAGGCUUUCAAGACAGCGAAUGGCGACAUUCUUCUGGGGGGCGGGAACGACCGAUUGUAUGGGAUUCUUUGCACCAGAAUAGGGAAACCAGAAUGGUCGGUAGAUGACCGGUUUAAGACCAAUGCGUUGCGAGUACAAAACCGAGAUACUCUGGAACAAUUGAUAGAGAGAGAGACACAAAAGAAGACAACCGAGGAAUGGCUCGAGAUCUUAGAGGGUUGUGGGAUGCCCUAUGCUGCCAUCAACGACAUCCAAAAUACCUUGAACCACGAGCACGUCCUUGCUCGUGAUAUGGUGAAAGAGGUGGAGCACUCGACAUGCGGUCCUAUCAAAUUGGUUAAUACUCCCGUGAAGUACUCAGAGUCAAAGCCCGGUAUUCGCAUGCCGCCACCUACUUUGGGUCAGCACACAGAUGACAUACUACGGGAGACUCUAAGCAUGGACGAGGGAGAAAUUUCAAGCCUUCGAGAUGAAGGCGUCAUAGCAUGA